AUGCGUCGCACGAAUCCCCAGAAGCUAGGCUCGCUAUGCCAGCAAUGCUCGGCCAUUCCACCACAGACUGCUCGACAGCCACUCGCUCUGCGCGUCCUACGUGCCCAGCCCGCGAUACAUGCUUCGAACAGGCCUUCACGAGUGUUCAUGAAGAGAUGGGCCUCGACAUCGACGACCAACCCCCAAGCUGCAUCGACACCGCAGCCGCCAGUGCCAGCUCCUGACGCUGCGUCCGCGAUUGAGGUAUCCAAGCCGCCUCGCGAAGUCGCCCAAGGAGUCGACAGAGCCGUCCACGACUUCAUCAGCCUCGUGGAAACCCAAGGGCCUGACAAGAGCGCGGCAGCGAAAGCCCUGCAGACAUGUCUCCGCGCCGCAACGAGUAUACAUCCUCACCUGAAAAGGGUGCGCAGCCAACAGCCGGCCUCGCGGCUGGCAGCUCUGGCCAUGGAGCGUCGUGGCACGGCACCCGCCCCGGACACGGAGCUCAUGAACGCCAACCUGCGCAUAUCCAUGGCUGCGCACGCCAUUGUCGCGCAUCCCAACGUGGAGAUGACGCAAAACCUGCUGGAACUCUAUGUCCACACGCAAGCCCACCUGGGGCGGCCCGAGUCGCUGCCCGCGGUACUCGAGCUCUAUGCCCACAAAGAUAAGCCGGUGCUCAAGGACGGCAAGGUUACAUAUGUACCGCAGAACCCAAACAGGGCUGACAAGGCCAUUGAGAAGGGGGUUGCCGACAUUGCCCUGCAGACGGCCAUUGACGCGAAGCACCUUGAUGCCGCGCUUGGCAUUACGGAGGCGGCGUUUUGCGUCAAGGCUUUCAAGCGCCAAAAGCUGAUCAAGCAGGGCGCCGGCCCCUUCAUGGCGCUCGCAUCCCUCCCCUUUGGCAUCUUGGGUCUCGGCACAGCAUAUGCACACUACUGGCAAAACACAAUGGACGUGAUCACGGCGACGGCCAUUGGUGUCUCUGCCAUUUCGGGCUACUUCUUUGUCGUGGGAGGACUGGGUAUUAUUGCGAAGCUCAGCGCCAAGGACCAGAUGAGGCGUGUGACCUGGCUGCCCGGUACGCCGCUGCGCUACCGCUGGAUUAGAGAGGAGGAGCGCGAGGCACUAGACAAGAUAUCGUGCGCGUGGGGGUUUAAAGAGACGUGGCGACAUGGCGAGGAGACAGGCCCAGAGUGGGAAGGCCUGCGCGAGCACAUGGGCUAUCGGCAGAUGAUUCUCGACCGUGUGGAAUUCAUGGAGGGAAUGAACUAG